AAAUGUGAAGGUUUGUGUCGGAUGGGAGUGUAAUCCUCUGAGAUGGAGACAAAAAGCUUUUCUGUUCUGACUCCGGCGCGUUUGGCUGAAAAACUCAUCCCACUGUAAAAGGACUGAAGGGGAAUGAAGUCCAGUCUCCUUUAUUCUGUCAGGAUAUUUUCAUGGCAGUUUUUCAGACGGAGCUGCUCAUCCUCAGGGGACAGAAAUGUUGCACAAACUUCUGCUGCCCAUCGCUUUAGCAGCGAGCCUCAUCUCUCCAGACCUGUCCGGUUCACGAGCCACGAAAACUAAAGAUCAAGUGACUAAUAACUCAGGUGUGACUCCAGCUGGACAGUGUGGAACCUGGGUGAAGGAACCAGAUGGAGGGUACUUCACUUCACCCAAUUACCCUGAGAAAUACCCACCGGAGAGGGAAUGUACUUACAUAAUAGAAGCUCCCCCCCGACAGUGCAUCGACUUGUUCUUUGAUGAGAAGUAUUCCAUCGAGCCGUCCUGGGAGUGUAAGUUCGACCACAUCGAAGUCCGCGAUGGACCUUUCGGCUUCUCACCGAUCAUUGGUCGAUACUGCGGACAGGAAAGCCCGGCAUAUGUUCGGUCCAGUGGGAGGUACCUGUACAUCAAGUUUGUGGCUGACGGCGAAUUGGAAGCAAUCGGCUUCUCUGCUCGGUAUAAUUUUACACAAGAUCCUGAGUUUAAGGACCUUGGGGCGCUGCCAAAUCUGCCAUUGUGCGAGUUUGAGCUGAGCGGUCCAGAGGGCUUCGUAGAGUCGACCCAGAUAUCCAGGGAGACCCGGGCCCAGCAGAAUGAAGCCGUGGACUGUAGAUGGUACAUCAAGGCUCCACCAAAAGCCAGGAUCUACAUGCGUUUUCUGGAGUAUGAGAUGCACAACUCCAAUGAAUGCAAGCGUAACUUUGUUGCCAUCUAUGACGGCAGCAGCUCAGUGGAACACCUGAAGAAUAAGUUUUGCUCCACGGUGGCGAAUGACGUCAUGCUGGAUUCAUCUUUAGGCGUGGUGAGGAUGUGGGCCGAUGAGGGGAGCAGGAAAAGCAGAUUCAAAAUCCUGUUCACAACCUUCCAUGAACCUCCGUGUGAUGGAGACACUUUCUUCUGCCACAGUAACAUGUGCAUAAACCACACCCUGGUCUGCAACGGCAUCCAGAACUGUGUUUACCCCUGGGAUGAGAACCACUGUAAAGAAAAGAGGAAGGCCAGCAUCCUGGACACUCUGGACAACACCAACCUGACCAUCAUCGGAGUCACCUGUAGCCUGGUUGUGAUCCUGCUCAUCAUCUCUGUCAUCAUUCAGAUCAAACAGCCUCGCAAGAAAUACAUAAUCCGCAGAGAUGAUUUCGACCCCGCCCUCCUCCACCCCGGCUUCGAGCCUCCUCACUACGAGCUCUGCACCCUCCGUCGGGCCCCGUCCGGUGACCUGACCGAAGCCGCCCUGGCCGAGGACUUUGAGAAGUUCCACAAGCUUCAGCGCUCCUCCUCCAAAUGCAUCCGCGACCACCAUUGCGGCUCCCACCAGGGCAGCGUCCACGGCAGCGUCCACGGCAGCCGCAGCAACCUGAGCAUUAGGGACGCCACCAUCUCGGCAGACGGCGGGGGUCUGGGGCCUCUUCUACCGCCGGCGAUGGGGGGCCAGCAGUCACCAUGCCUGUCCCACCACACCACUCCAGCUGGGAGACGGAGCAUAUUAGUGAUGAAGCAUAGUUAUUCUCAGGACGGAGCCGAGGGGUACAGAGCAGUGGAGGACGAUGAUUUGAUGAUGGAUGAUGGACCCACCACCAGCCAGCGCCACAUCCACCCCCAGCAUGUUCACCACGGCAUGCCGGGGCUGGAACAAGCUGUCCAUCGCACACUGUCCAAUGACUUCUAGGACAGAAAAGCAAGUGGUUUAUGAGAAAAAAAACCCAAAUGUAACUGCACUAAGAUUUGU